CCGCCGCGGCUACUGUCAGUGAUUAGACGUGGCACGGUACAGUGCGGCCAAUACGGCGUAUCAUGGCGCAGUGGAGACAGGAGACGAUAUUGAAGCUGAUCGGUGCGUAUCGCGCGAGGCGGCUCCUCUGGGACCACAACGCGCCGGACUACACCGAUCGGAGCAAGAGGAUCUACGCGUGGAAGGAAAUCGCCGACGAGCUCGGAUGUGACGUGAUGACGGUGGAGAGGAAGCUGAAGAGCCUGAAGACUCACUUCAUGUCGGUCCACAAAGCGUACGCGAAACGCAGGCUGAAGGCCGAUCUGAAUCCUGGCAGCGUCGUCAAGCCCAAGUGGUUCGCAUACGAGGCCUUGACUUUCCUGAAUAAAGGGCGUCUGACGCGAGUCAAUCGCGAGACGCCGAACGUGGAGAAGCAGGAGAUUUCGUCAGGUCGUGACGAAUUUACGGUCUUUGCCGAGCACGUCGCAAUUCGGCUGAAGAACAUAACAGACGCGCGUGCGAGACUCGUCGCGCAGCAUCAAAUAAACAACAUUCUCUUCGAGGCCGAGAUGGGAAAGUAUAGCAUGCAGUCCUUCGGCAAUCCGGAGCUUAUGGACAACCUGGACGAGCCCUCGACGUCGCACGAGGAGAAAGUGAUAAUAAAUAAUAUUCCCCAACCUAUCUAAUCGGAUCUUUUCCUUCGCGAGCGCCGCGAAAUUUUCAGCGAGUCAUCCGCUCGCGCGUUACCUAUAAGUACACGCCCGCCCGAGUUUUACGGCGCGGUCGUUGACAACGACAGUGAUCUCUCUCGCUGCCCGUCGUAAAUAAUGGCGAACGACGAAAGCCAUCGGCUUUAACGACGGGUCUUCCGAGUCUCGCGAGAAAACGGUUUUGCAUGCUGCUGAGUCCGCUCCGCCGAACGCCGACUCUAUUUAUGUGCCUUCGUUUUGCCCCGACAUAUCGUCCUAAUCCUUCGUCGUUACGAAUUGCGAAAACCGCGUCAAAAGCCAGCUUUCGUCGAACGCGGCCGAAUAUACAUGUGCUGACAACGUGGAACAACACACGUCAGAAAUCGGCAAACGGUGCGCGGUUUCAUUUUUUUCGUGUAUGUUCCCGUGUUUAAAACGAAGUAUAUAUAUAGAACGUAAAGUACAUAUCGAUUCACAUACGUGUGUCGGCGGAUUGAAUCUAUUUUUUUUUUUUCGUUAAUUGUAUUUAAUUAUUUUUUAGUUUAUUUUAUUUCGUUUCGUCACAAUCGAACCCGUCCUUUCAAUUGUGAGAAUCGAAUAAACUGUGGUAAACGUGUA